AAUGCUCCGAGUGGUAUAUUGGUGUCAUCGUGCGGUUGUUGAUCUCUGCUUUCAGGGCACAAAGGGGGAGCAGUGGGGACGGGGAGUCCCAGGGAUUCGAGGGGAGUCAGGCGACAAGGGGGAAGAGGGGCCUCUGGGCCCAAAUGGGCAUCGUGGUCUUCCAGGAUCCAUCGGCCAGCUGGGUCUACCAGGCAUAGAGGGAGUGAAGGGCUUCAAAGGAGAGGAUGGACCGCAAGGAGAUGAGGGACCCAAGGGAUUGCAAGGCCCUGUGGGAGACCUUGGACAAAAAGGCCCACCAGGAGACAUAGGUGAAAAUGGGACUGCUGCUGUGGGGUUGAUGGGGCCUGCUGGCUUUCCUGGAUCAACGGGAGAAUUGGGAGAAAUUGGCGAAAAGGGUCCCAAAGGCUUCAUUGGGCAUCAGGGGGACGUAGGUGACCCUGGAGAUGAGGGGGACCCGGGUGAGGAAUCAGGACAACAGGGAAUGAUGGGGCCCAUGGGCUACCCGGGGCCUGAAGGCCCCUUGGGUGAUAGAGGACUACCAGCACCACCAAAGUUGGACGAAUGUGACAUGUUGAACAUCAUCAAAGAGAUGUGUUCUUGUUGUGGUAAGUACCUUACUAUUGCAUUUUUUAUCAUUCCAUUAUAA